AUGAAGCCAAACGACGAGCCCGAGCUAGAUCGUCUCGAUCUGCAUCAUCACGUCAACCUUCUCGUUCUUAGGAACAAACUCCAUCUUGCCCCUCUGAACAAUCCGCAUCGUGUUCUCGAUAUUGGCACAGGAACUGGCAUAUGGGCCAUGGACUUUGCGGACGAGAACCCAGCUGCAUCGGUCGUGGGGACAGACCUGUCUCCAGUACAGCCAAACUGGGUCCCUCCGAACUUAGAGUUUCAAGUCGAUGAUGUCGAAGAUGUAUGGACAUUCCCGUACAAGUUCGACUAUAUCCAUAUUCGCAGCAUGAGUGGCGCGGUAGGCGAUUGGAAGCGUCUGUUCAAGCAAGCUUACGAUCACCUAAGCCCGGGAGGGUGUAUAGAGAUCCAGGAGCAUGAGGUGUGGAUCAGGUCGGAGGAUGAUAGUAUCAAGAAAGCUGUCAAUAUCAGCAGGUGGCAAGAGGGGCUCGAUCAAGCCUCCAGGAUGAUAGAAAAGCCGUUCCUGGUUGCGGCAUCUAUGCGCCAAUGGUUGUUGGACUCCGGGUUUGUCAAUGUGGAAGAAAACAUUCAGAAGGUUCCGCAUGGACCUUGGGCCCGCGAUCGUGAGUUGAAGAGAAUAGGGCUGUUCCAGCGCGAGCAAAUGUUGGAAGCUGCCUCAUCUUACGGUUGCGCUCACUUCACACGCGUCCUUAACUGGACCAACGAAGAAUAUGAGGUGCUGGCGGCCUGCGUGCGCACCGAGAUCCGCAAUCCAGCAUUUAAGCUCUUCUCCAACUUGUAA